CAACAGACACAACAACAAGACCAACAAAGCUUCACUUCUAGUCCAAUCGGAGUUCUCGACAACCCAAUCAGAUGGCCUCAAUUGGGUUUUCCCUCAACUCUCUAAUUCUGUGUUCUACUAUCGGUUCCACUCAGAGAUCAAAAACGCUGAGACCCAGUUCAAGAAUUAGUCCAAGAAUGGCUCUGGCCACCCCAACAACCACAUUUGGGUUCAGUAAUCUACUCGAAACUUUCACAGUCAACGUGCAGAGAGCAGAGAACAGGCCUCUCAAUGUGCCUCUGAUUGCUCCUUUCACGAUUGCGACUUCGAGGCUUGAGAGUGUUAAAAAUGUUGCCAUCAGAGUUGAGUUGAGUAAUGGGUGUGUGGGAUGGGGUGAAGCUCCAAUCUUGCCUCAUGUGACUGCAGAGGAUCAGGAAACUGCUAUGGUUAAGGCCAAGGAGGCUUGUGACUUUUUGCUCAGGAAUAAGGGGAUGACUUUGAGUUCGGUUUUGGGAGAGAUUGGUGUGCUGCUUCCUGGAUAUAAUUUUGCUUCUGUUAGGGCAGGAGUUGAGAUGGCUCUAAUUGACGCGGUUGCCACAAGUAUUGGUGUCCCUCUCUGGAGACUGUUUGGUGGAGCUUCAAAUACAAUAACCACUGAUAUAACGAUUCCUAUAGUUUCAGCAGAUGAAGCUGCCAAACUGGCUUCAAAGUAUUGCAAAGAAGGAUUUAAGACAUUAAAACUUAAGGUGGGAAAGAAUCUAAAUUCAGACAUAGAAGUUCUUCAAGCUAUACGUGCAGUCCACCCUGAUUGCUCUUUUAUCUUGGAUGCUAAUGAAGGAUAUUCCUCCAAUGAAGCUAUCCAAGUUCUUGAGAAAUUAUUUGAGGUGGGAGUGAGUCCAGUGCUCUUUGAACAGCCAGUUCAUAGAGAUGAUUGGGAAGGCCUUGGAUAUGUUACUCGUAUUGCUAGAGAGAGAUAUGGAGUAUCAAUUGCAGCUGAUGAGAGCUGUCGAAGUAUAAUUGAUGUUAAGAAAAUAGCAGAAGAAAAUCUUGCUAAUGUCAUUAACAUAAAACUCACUAAAGUUGGGGUUAUUGGGGCCCUUGAAAUCAUUGAGGUUGCAAGAGCAUCAGGUUUGGAUUUGAUGAUUGGUGGUAUGGUUGAGACUAGACUUGCCAUGGGCUUUUCUGGCCACCUUGCUGCUGGCCUUGGGUGCUUUAAGUUUAUUGAUCUGGAUACACCCCUAUUGCUGUCAGAAGAUCCUGUUCUGGAGGGUUAUGAAGUUUCUGGUGCUGUUUAUAAGUUCAACAAUGCUAGAGGGCAUGGUGGAUUUCUCCACUGGGACAAUCUUGCUUGAUAUGAAGUUUCUGUCUGUUUGGCGAACAUUAUCAACUCCCCACUGCAUAUAAUUAAUUCAUUGCGACUGAGGACAUGAAAGAUAGAGCAGCGGAGCUUUUUUAACCCAGUUGUUUAGUAGCUAGCGGCUGUGUUCCAUGUUCAAUAAGACGCCAAGACGGCAAGGGCUCCAAUUUGAAAGACGGUAGAAGGACAUUUGCUAAGAUCAAUGUGUUUUGAGGUGAAACGCUUAGAUUCGUGGAUAAGAUUAUGUAGCAUUCACAACUGCAGCACAUUUCCAUGUAUUGCAAGAACUGCUUGGCUUAUCAGCUUAGUAAUUUAGUAAGGCAAACCCUGGCUUGUAUUCAUACCAAUGCAAAAGUGAUGCAGAUGAUACAUUUGCUUUGGGAAUCUGGAGGUUGAGGAGAAAGAACUGGAUGCUUGCUUG